CAUUUCCCUGGAGAAGACUGGGAUUUCAGCAGGAGGGAAACACUGUCUGAUGAGCAGGAUUAGGCCAGCUGCGUAUAGACUGGGGUGUGGGGUGCACCCCGUUUGCACCCUGUUGGUGAACUUUCCCUGUUCCUGCGCUUUGCUUCUGCCAACCCUGUCUUUUCCUUCUGCACGUUUCCAGUUUACCUCAACGCAACCAUGGAAAAAUGGGACCUGACGCCUGAACCGCACCCGGAGCGGGAGCGGGUGGCCCGGCUGGAGUCGAUGGUUUCGGAUUUAAUCGAGAAAGCGAGGCGCGCCAGUGAGAGGAAAGAUCCUCGUUAUUACAAAGCGUUUGCCCCUGCAUUAGCGCCCAGAUUUUGGAAGGUGCCACGCCAAUGGGCUCCGCUCAACACUUCCGUCGCUUUCGCCCUCACCAAUGGCUCCUGUCUGGAGAUGCAAGAAAGCGACGUUUGCCUUUCGGCGAUAUUAGGAACGCUGAAAGCCAGCAGUGAACCUUGCUUCGUUCUAGAAAAGUGCAGAAUUGUCGAGACGCAAACUCACUGCUCAGACUACAGCUUAUCCCAUCAACUUUUCUACUUCCUGUUUGCAGAGAUGCAAGGAUGUUUGGAUCCUGUUUUCCUGAACACCCCCUAUUAUAAGAAUGUGUUUUGCCAUUUGAUGAUGCAAUACAACCUCAAUGCCGAAAAGCAAGCACACCUUACCUCUUUGGGAGACCUCUUUACGGAAAACAUUCUGUUCUGCGGCAUGGCUGGGUUCUCUGAUUUCUACAAGCCAGCGUGGCUGAACCUCAUUCUCAGCUGGCAGAAACCAGGGAGAGGAUGUUUCUGGAUGUACGAAUCCUUGAGUCCAGUUCCCAAACCGCAUGUCCAAAACCCACGAAGAUUUAAAAGGAUGGAGAAAAUUCUUCAAGAUGGAUGCUCUUCCCACAACACGGCCGUGGCGGUAGCAGCCAUUGGGGCUUACCUUUACUACGGUUCCUGAUAUGUUGCUCAUCAAGAAUAGGUACAUUUCUCGAUCAUCGUCGUCCCCCUCGCCCUGGACAUCGCCGCCCACUUCAUUCUGCUUCCAGCUGGCUCACAGAAAAUGCACUGCUCAUUACCACGAGCUUUCCAUAGACCUCACAAGUCUACAGACUUCACCCAAAUAUCUUACCUACCCAACGAAACACUGAUUUUGAACAAUGCACAAAUUCAAUGGUUCCCCACCUUGGUCUGUGUUCUCAGACUGCAACUCCCAGAAACUCUGGCCAGCACAGCUAGUGGUGAAAGGCUUCUGGGAAUUGCAGUCCAAGAAACACCUGCGUUACUUAAGGUGGGGAACCACUGCAACUCAUGAAUUAUCAGGGUUACAAAUAAAUAUAAGAAAGAUUGCUUGAUCUAGUAAUAUUAUCCUUCAAUCUGAAUUAAAACUGGGCUCUUAAAAGAUAACCUGGGUGUUCUUGAGUUCGGGAAGCAUAGGAGAGACCCACACUGCCUUGUCAACCCCCUUACUUAUCGGAGCGUCUGUCUCCCAAGAACAUUGACCCACGCCAUCCGAUCCAGUCAAGCCAUGCUUCUCUCGGUGGCCACAGCAAGGGAGGCCAGGAAAAUUUCUACUAGAAACCAGGCCUUCUCAGUGGUGUCACCAACCCUUUGGAAUCAUCUCCCCAUUGAGUUGUGCCUGGCCCCCUCCCUGCCUGCCUUUAAAAAGUUGCUCAAGACGCACCUUUUCUCAGAGGCUUUGGAUGGCAACUUCACGCAAAUUUGCCACUUGCUCCAUUCGCCCUAUUACGGGCUAAUGUUCGCAAUGCUUGAUUCGGUUUGAUUGGUUCUUUCGUUUUAUCGCUGUUAUUGUUUGGUUUUAACAUUAUUUCAGUCUGAUUUUAUCAAUUGUUAA